AUGGUGAACAUGCCAACGAUCAUAGCACUCAAAGUGUAUGACGUGCUGUUUAUAGCAAUUAUCAUGUUCAUUAUCGAUCUGGUUAUAAAACUGUGGAAUGAACGUGGUACGCAACUGUCUCCAAUCGAGCAGGAGCUUAUGAACGAGUACAACACGCAAGUGCGACUCGUUAAACGCCUCAAUGCAGUCGAGACGUUUGUGGAGCAAGCCAAGGCCACACGCAAGAUGAAUGCGCUUCAAAGGGAGAUCCAAGAACUUAAAGUGAAGCGGAUGGCUGCAAACGCACCUUCGGCGUUCCAGAAGCAAUUCAAUCGCAUUCGAACGCCAGUAAUGAUGGGGCUGACGAUGCUGUACUAUUGGAACGAGCCGCUUGUGGUGUUACCUCAAGGCUACAUGCUCCCUGUGGAGCGACUGUUAUCGAUUCCAGCCUUUCCACUUGGUUCUGUCUCCGCGAUGGGAUGGGCUGGAAUCUGUCGUCGCGUGAAUGGAAAGAUCCUAGGCUAA